AUGGCGCAGGGCUGGGACACGGCGCUGUCGGGGAUGACGGUGGGCAGCCGGUCGCAGAGCUCCAGCAGCGAGGCCAGCCUGGCUCCCCGCUGCCUCCUCAGCAAGCAGAGCCGCCUGCUCAACGGGGCUGCCCGGGGCAGCCGCGCCGCCUCCCCCAUGGGCCGCGUCAUCCUCAUCAACACCCCCAUCGAAGCCAACAGCAAUGAGAGCGACAUCAUCAACGCCAUCACGGUGGAGAAGAGCGUGGACGGCAAGCUGGGCUUCAGCGUCCGCGGCGGCUCUGAGCACGGGCUGGGCAUCUUUGUCAGCAAGGUGGAGGAGGGCAGCGCUGCCGAGCAGGCCGGGCUGUGUGUUGGUGACAAGAUCACGGAGGUGAACAGCGUGAGCCUGGAGAACAUCACCAUGAGCAGCGCCGUCAAGGUCCUUACCGGCAACAACCGUCUCCGCAUGGUGGUCCGGAGGAUGGGCCGCGUGCCAGGCAUCAAGUUCUCCAAGGAGAAGACGGCAUGGGUGGACGUGGUGAACAGGCGCCUGGUGGUGGAGAAAAGUGGCUCAACGCCAUCGGAGAGCGGCUCCGAGGACGGGCUGCGGCGCAUUGUCCACCUCUACACCACCUCCGACGACUACUGCCUGGGCUUCAACAUCCGUGGCGGCAGGGAGUUCGGCCUCGGCAUCUACGUCUCCAAUGUGGACCCUGGGGGGCUGGCGGAGCAGAACGGCAUUCGGGUGGGAGACCAAGUCCUUGCAGCCAACGGAGUCAAGUUCGAAGACAUAAGCCAUAGCAAGGCAGUGGAGGUGCUGAAGGGGCAGACCCACAUCAUGCUAACCAUCAAGGAGACUGGCCGGUUCCCUGCCUACAAGGAGAUGGUGGCCGAGUACUGCUGGCUCAGUCGCUUGACCAACGGGCAGCUGCAGCAACUGUCUCAGGCCUCAGAGACCAGCUCCUCAGUCUCCUCCUACUCCUCGGGACCAGCACCAGGGGCGGUGAACGGGCUGGGGACGGCCACUCCGGGGCCCCCCACCCGCACCGUGGACGUGGCCAUCUCCCCGAGAGGACGGGCCACGGCGGGGCUGGGCGCGGGAGCAUGCCGAGCGGCGCUGCUGCGGGACACAGCCAUCCGGGGCCAGGGUGCUCGCGAGCCCCCUGGCACCCACCCACGCCACACCUUCGCCCACUCGCCCAAGACGGCACUGCUGCUGGCGCUAAGCCGGCCCCGGCAGCCCAUCACGCGCUCCCAGAGCGACCUCACUGUUGCUGAGGAGAAGCGGAAGAAGGAGAAGCCGGAGGUACAAGGGGCACGCGGAGCUCCCCCGGGGCUGCACCGCUCCAAGACCCUCGUCAACCUCUUCUUCAAGGGCGGCCGUGCCACCAGCCAGAGCUGGGCCCCACCCAGCCAGGAGCCCCCCGCCUCCGACCACCGGGCACGCGCCAAGUCCCCGGGGCGCCCUGAUGGGGACAGAGUAGGCGCUGUGCAGAAGUUUGUCAUCCGGAGCCUGAAGCGGGAGAAAAGCCGGCGUGCCAGCAUCCUGGGCCCCACAGGCAUCGCCACUCUGCAGCCCAACGGCAGCGACCCCGAGGCCCGGCUCCCGCACAUCCAGGACACUGCCGCACGCCUCCUCAGCCCCGACGAGGUGACGGCCGUGCUCCGCCACUGCUCCCGGUACCUGCACGAGGGCAGCGUGGAGGAUUUGGUGCAGCCGCUGCUGGCCAUCCUGGACCGGCCCGAGAAGGUCCUGCUGCUGCGGGAUGUGAGGAGUGUGGUGGCCCCCACGGACCUGGGCCGGUUUGACAGUAUGGUGAUGCCCCUGGAGCUGGAAGCUUUCGAUGCCCUGAAGAGCCGCUCAGUGCGCUCACCUGCCCUCCGCCCAGCCCACCAUGACAUCCCCCGGGGUGAGGCAGGGGCUGAGGCAGCCACCAAUGGCCCUGGGCAUGCUGGCAGGGAGGAAGAGGAGGAGGAGUACCGGUUGCUCACCGUCACCCUCUCCAAGCUGAAGCACUCGCUGGGGAUCAGCAUCUCCGGCGGCAUCGAGUCACGGGCACAGCCAGUGGUGAAGAUCGAGAAGAUCUUCCCCGGGGGAGCCGCCUUCCUCAGUGGCAUCCUCAAGGCCGGGCAGGAGCUGGUGUCGGUGGAUGGGGAGAGCCUGCAGAAUGUCACCCACCAGCGGGCCGUGGACAUCAUCCGCCAGGCCUACCGCAACAAAGCCAAGGAGCCCAUGGAGCUGGUAGUGCGGGUGGCCAGAGUCCCCCCGGAGUGA